AUGCCUGAGAGGUUGCGCACUCUCAUAGAUUUGGGUAUCUCUUAUAGAGGUUUGUUUUUUUCUCACCAAGGAAGGCAAUUUCCAUUGCCAAUGAUGAAAUACCUACGGGUUGUCACUCUAUUUCACCAUAAGAACAUAACCGAGUUGCCGGAUUCAAUUGAAGAACUUAUACUUCUACGUUAUUUGGACAUUUCUCACACUCAUAUUGAAAGGUUGCCUAAUACCAUAUGUAAGUUGUGCAAUUUGCAAAUAUUGAAUUUAUCACACUGUCAACGUCUUGUUGCCUUGCCAAGAGAUAUGCAUAAACUCAUUAAGUUGGAAAUAUUGAAUUUAUCAUGUUGUGGAUGUCUUGUUGCCUUGCCAAGAGAUAUGCAUAAACUCAUUAAUUUGCGUCAUCUUGAUAUUGCUAGAACUGGGAUGAUGGAGAUGCCGCUAAAUCUAGGUAAACUAAAAUGUCUUCAAACAUUAUCUACAUUUAUCGUUAGCAAUAGUGGAUGCGGCAUUGAAGAGCUAGGGAAACUUACAAAUCUUCGGGGAUCACUUUCUGUUUUGGUGCUCCAAAAUGUUGAAUCUCCAACGGCUGCUGAGGGCAGAAACUUGAGGAAUAUGAAGUACCUUGAGAAUUUGGAAUUGCAGUUUGAAGGUGAUACUAAUGCUUCGGAAAGUCAUAAAAUCGUACUUGAUAGUCUCCAGCCCCAUACAAGCUUCAAAAGCCUCACUAUCGACGGCUAUGGGGGCACAAGUUUUCCAGACUGGGUUGGGGAUGCUUCAUUCUCUAAUAUAGUGUCUCUUGGUCUACAAAACUGUAAAUUUUGUUGUAGCUUGCCACCACUUGGGCAACUACCCUCUCUACAGGACCUCUCGAUUCUUGGGUUGGAUGGAGUUGUUACGAUAGAUCGUCAGUUUUAUGGCAGUGGAUCCACUUCGAUAAAGCCAUUUGGAGCCUUGAAAUCUCUACGAUUUUAUGAUAUAUUGGAGUGGAAGGAGUGGUCUCCUUUUGAGGUUGAAAACGAAGGUCGAGCUUUUCCUAAUCUUAGAGAUCUUUCAAUUUAUGAUUGCCCUAAGCUUACAAGUGGGUUGCCCACCCAUCUUCCUUCUUUAGUCGAACUUUCCAUUUAUGAUUGUCCCCAGCUGGUGGCUUCAAUCCCUAGGGCUUCUUCUCUAUGUAAACUGACGUUUACAGAUUGCAAUACGGUUCUAUUAAACGAAUCGCCAAUUGGAAUAAAAAAGCUUAGCAUCACAAGCUGUGGGAAGUUAGAGCUCCCAAUGCACCUGAACUAUUCAUCCCUUGAAAUUUUGAUGUUGGACGGUUGUGGUUUUCUCAAGUCCUUUCCAUUGUUCCCAAAGCUUCGUCUUCUGGAAAUCUCGGAUUGUGAGGAUUUAGAAUCUCUUACAGUUGGAGAACAACAUGAACAAGAUUUACUCCUCUCGCAGAUAAACAUCCGUCGGUGCCCGAAUUUUUCAUAUUUUCCACAAGGAGGAUUGCGGGCCCCUAACCUUAAAGAUUUUACGAUCUACAAUUGUAAGAGUCUUCGGUCACUACCUGAAAAGAUGCACAUCCUUCUUCCCUCUCUUGAGAAAUUGGAUAUAGAAGAUUGUCCACAAAUUGAGUCGUUUCCUGAAGGGGGCUUGCCUUCCAAUUUGAAUAAAAUUAUCAUCGGAAGGUGCCCUAAUUUUGCAUAUUUUCCAAAAGGAGGAUUGCGUGCCCCCAACCUUAGAAAGUUUCAGAUCAGGAAUUGUAGAAGUCUUCGGUCACUACCUAACAAGAUGCACAUACUUCUUCCCUCUCUUGAGAAAUUGCAUAUAAUUGAUUGUCCACAAGUUGAGUCGUUUCCUGAAGGGGGUUUGCCUACCAAUUUGAAUGAAAUUUCCAUCUUACGUUGUGACAAACUCUUUGCGAGCCGGUUGGGGUGGGGUUUGCAAACUCUCCCGUGUGUUAGAAGAUUCGAAAUCAGUGGCAAAUCUGAAGAUGCGGAGUCCUUUCCAGAUGAGGGGUUGCUGCCUACCAAUCUUACCUAUCUUCUCAUCGGGUAUUUUCCAAAUUUGAAAUAUUUGGACACGAAGGGGCUUAAACAUCUCACUGCUCUUGAAGAAUUGGAGAUCACAGACUGCCAUAAGUUAGAGCGCAUGUCAAAAGAUGGGCUGCCUGCCUCCCUUUUAACUCUAAGGAUCGACGGUUGUCCUUUGUUGGAGAAAGAGUUGGAAAGGAAAGAAGAAGAAUGGGUCAAGAUUGCUCACGUCCCCAACAAAUAUAUUGGUUGGAUGAGCUAAGACUCCAGCAAGAGUCUCCACUUUCUUUCAUAAUAUCGACUUGUACAGUCAGAGAAAUACGCUAGGGCUAUGGCUAUUAAAAAUUCUCAAACACAAGGGGGAGCAGUAUAUGGUGCUGAUGGAGGAUAUGGAUGCUCCUGCCCUGUAUCAGCCACCAAAUACAUUCCUUCCAUGCCAGACACCUUAUCAG